AUGUCAUCCACAAUUCCCGAUGACGUGAGCCAUUCGGGAGAGGGUUCGAUGCCCACACUCCUGGCCUUGGGCGAGGAGGCCUCAGCCGCAGAAGGUGUGCCUCGCCUGUGCAGAUCACCGACCAGGGAGUUCUCUGCACCGACCCUCGAAGGGGUGCAUUGGUGCACAAAUCAACGGGCUCCUCCGUGCGGAGAGGCAGACACUAUUCUCCAGCUGUGGAGCAUGUCUGUUCAGACGAUCGCCCAUGCCGGAGCAGUGGCCCUCCAUCUCCCCGCGUCCCACUUGGCCCAAUUCCCUGUUGUAAUCCAGAUCUCUAUCGCUUCUCUUUUUCUAUCGAGUCUUCCGAAAAUGGACCCAAAGCACGAAAAGGGCGGAGGUAGUCCUCAGCAGGAACAGGAUGAGGUCAAGGUCGAAAGUAGCAAUGCCAUCUACGACGUCGAAAAUCGAACAACCUCCGGGAAGAUGAAUGCCGUGUUUGAGAACCCUCUGGCACGGGUAUCCCGAGACCAAUUGCUGGCUGACGUCGAACGGUUUUGCCAAAAAUUCAACCUCAUGGACCACAUCGAUGUCUUCAGAAAAGGAGCUUUGGUGUCCCAGAAUCCAAGCGGUGCAAUGGAGCUACCGGAUCUCGAUGAUGAGGAUAGGGAGGCCUUACGAAAAGAGACCACACACAAAUGGGCACAGCCAGCUGCACUUUAUCACCUUACGAUUAUGUGCUCCAUCGCUGCGGCCGUGCAGGGUAUGGACGAGACGGUCAACAACGGUGCGCAGAGGUUAUAUUUGGACCGGUUCGGCAUCAAACCUUUCUCAGAGGGUGGAAGGUUCUCACAAGCAAUGACGGACAACUUGACGGGACUGAUUGUCGGUGCUCCAUAUCUGGCCUGUGCCAUCCUUGGUUGCUGGUUGACGGAACCUCUCAAUCGAUAUACCGGUCGCCGAGGCACCAUCUGGAUUUCAUGUCUCAUAGCUGCAGUUGCCUCCGUCUGGGAAGGUGUCGCUAAUUCCUGGGUCAACCUCUUCAUCGCUCGUUUCGUCCUUGGUCUAGGCAUCGGUUCCAAGUCGUCUACCGUUCCUGUCUACGCAGCUGAAUGUUCGCCUGCCCCUAUUCGCGGUGCAUUGGUUAUGAUGUGGCAAACAUGGACGGCCUUUGGUAUCAUGUUGGGAAACAUCAUGGGCGUGGCAUUCGGGGGUUUGGAGCCUGACCUGGCAUGGCGUCUUAUGCUUGGCUCAACCGUUGUCUUACCUCUCGUUGUCUGCGCCCAAGUCUACUUUUGUCCAGAAUCCCCAAGAUGGCUCAUUGAGCACAAUAAGAUCGAGAAGGCAUUUAGAUCGUUCCGCAUCCUUCGUCCCACGGACCUCCAGGCUGCUCGGGACCUCUACUAUGCCUACGUUGGAGUCGAGAUAGAACGAAAAGUAAACCGAGGCAAAAACUUCUUCACUAUGGUCUGGGAACUAUUUACAAUCCCCCGCAACGCCCGUGCUACUCUCGCAUCUACCAUCGUGAUGUGGUUGCAGCAGUUCUGCGGUGUCAACAUAAUCGCGUACUACUCAACCGAAAUCUUCCGCGAAUCCGGUUUCAGCAUGUCCUCCGCCCUCCUCGCCUCCAUGGGCACCGGUAUCCUCAACUGGGUCUUUGCCCUUCCCGCCUUCCUCACCAUCGACACCUGGGGCAGACGCAACCUCCUUCUCUUCACCCUCCCCUGGCUCGCUCUCUUCCUCUUCUGGUCCGGCUUUUCCUUUUGGAUCGAACCGGGUGAUCCUCAUAGCAAAACCAGAUUAGGCAUGGUCACAACCGGCCUCUACCUCUUCGAAGUGUUUUACUCCCCCGGCGAAGGUCCCGUUCCGUUCACCUACUCCGCUGAAGCCUUCCCACUGCAUGUCCGUGAAGUCGGCAUGUCCUGGGCAACGGCGGUCACUUGGUCUUUCAACUUUAUCAUCUCGUUUACGUGGCCUCACUUGCUCAGCGCGUUCAAACCGCAGGGCGCUUUUGCCUGGUAUGCCACCUGGUGUUUGAUCGGGUGGUUUUUGGUUCUCUUCUUCGUCCCAGAGACUAAAGCCCUCACCCUCGAAGAGCUCGACCAAGUAUUUUCGGUCCCGACUAAGAAGCACGCCUUGUACCAAUUGAAAAAUGCCGUUUGGCACUUCCGCACUUGGAUUUUACGGGAAAAGCUGGAUCCAUUGCCCAAACUUUAUGUUCAUACCGAUGAUAAACUAAAUGAAUCUUGA